AAGUCCUGUUGCACUGGCUUGAAGGUGUUUCUCGUUGCUUUGUCAUUCAGCUACUUGUGCAAAACAUUAUCUGGAACAGUUAUGAAAAGUUCCAUCACUCAGAUAGAAAGAAGAUUUGAUAUUCCCUCCUCUGUCGCUGGCUUAAUUGAUGGAAGUUUUGAGAUGGGUAAUUUGCUGGUGCUAGCAUUUGUAAGUUAUUUUGGAGCCAAAUUUCAUAGACCAAAAAUCAUUGCUUUGGGGUGUUGUAUUAUGUCAGCUGGAAGUAUUUUUACAGCAAUGCCUCAUUUCUUCAUGGGAUAUUAUAAGUAUGAAACAGCAUCGCAUGCAGUGUUGUCUGUCAACUCAACUUCAAGUCUCUCUCCCUGCUCAGUGGAUCAAAAUGUAACUGGUGUCAGUGAAACCUUAUCAGAACAUCCAGAUUCAGAUUGUGUAAAGGCAGCAUCAUCAUAUAUGUGGAUAUAUGUCUUAUUGGGCAACUUGUUACGUGGAGUUGGGGAAUCGCCAAUAACACCGCUAGGAAUUUCUUACCUUGAUGAUUUUGCCAAAGAAGAAGAUGCUCCUUUAUACAUAGCAUGUUUGCACACAAUAGCAAUGAUCGGGCCAAUAAUCGGCUACCUGUUGGGAUCGCUGUGUGCCAGCUUAUAUGUGGAUAUUGGAUUUGUGGAUCUAGGUAGCAUAACCAUAACUCCAAAAGACUCCCGGUGGGUAGGUGCCUGGUGGCUUGGUUUUAUUAUAGCUGGAAUAACUAAUCUUAUUGCUGCCAUACCAUUCUGUUUCCUGCCAAAGAGUCUCAAAAAGCAGGAGGAAGAGAAUAAUGACAAAAUUUCAUCUGAUCUCUCCAAAAUUAAAGGACACCAGAGCAGGCAUCACGAAUCUGAAAAUCAUCAGCCAGUGAAGUGGUCAGUAACUUCAGAAGGCAAAAAUUGUAUAUUGUUUCUUUCAGGUUUCUUUAGCUCUCUGAAAAGAGUAUUGAGUAAUAGAAUUUACGUAACAUUUUUGUGUUGUUCACUGUUACAAUUCAGUAGCUUUAUUGGUUUCUUGACUUACAAACCAAAAUACAUGGAACAACAGUAUGGUCAGUCCGCAUCUAAGUCUAACUUUGUAACAGGAGUAACUGCUUUACCUGCUGUAAGCAUUGGGAUUUUUUUAGGAGGGCUCAUAAUGAAGAAAUACAAAAUGAGCAUGAUUGGAGCUACAAAAUUUGGAUUUGGAAUGUCACUGAUGGCUUUUCUCAUAACCCUCUCAUACUUUUUUGUGGGCUGUGAGAACCAUGUAGUGGCAGGACUGACAGUAUCUUAUGAUGGCAAACCAGUUGCACGUCAUGAAACCACCUUAUUUUCUGUCUGCAACUCUGACUGCAAAUGUGCCACGAAGCAGUGGGAUCCUGUCUGUGGAGACAAUGGAAUCACGUACAUGUCAGCUUGUCUUGCUGGAUGCAAGGCUUCGACAGGACACGGGAAGAACAAAGUGUAUCAUAACUGCAGCUGCAUGGAAAUUACAGAUUCACAAUCAGGAAAUACCUCUGUAAUUUUGGGACAAUGUCCAAAAAGUGAUGACUGCUCAAGAAAGUUUAUUUAUUAUACAGUAAUGCAAGUUAUAAGUGCCUUUUUCUAUGCUUUAGGAAGCACCCCUUUAUAUAUGGUUAUGUUUAGGUGUGUUCACCCAGAGCUGAAAUCUCUUGCAGUUGGUCUGUACACACUCAUUUUGAGAGCCCUAGCCGGAAUUCCAGCCCCCAUUUAUUUUGGUGCAUUAAUAGACAGGACAUGCUUGAAAUGGGGAAGCGGAAGCUGUGGGCACCGAGGAGCUUGUAGGAUAUAUGAUUCUGAUGCAUACAGGUAA